AUGCCUGAAACCUCAAUUGAUGACAGCGAGGUGCCUGAAAGGGUGGAUACUCACACCUCGGCCUUGCACCACCUCGACAAGCAGCUCGCCGAAUACGGACCGUUGGCUCAUGUGCCCACUGCGGGAACAUAUCUGCCGGCGUUCGCAGGCGAGUUACAACCUGGGCUAUACAAGCCAGUCAAAGAGCGCAAGAUCGCGAACCCCGCCCCGCUAGGACUGGCUGGCUUUGCCCUGACCACCUUUGUCCUGGGAUGUGUCAACAUGCAGACGCGGGGGAUCACCCAACCCAACAUGGUGGUCCCGCUGGCUUUCGCUUAUGGCGGCCUGGUGCAACUUCUCGCUGGAAUGUGGGAGAUGGCCGCCGGCAAUACCUUUGGUGCGACGGCACUCUCCUCGUACGGGGGAUUUUGGAUCUCUCUGGCCAUGAUCUUCACCCCCGGAGGAUUCAACAUCGAAGGCCAGCUCAAGGCUGCGGAUAAUGGGUCUGCGGGCAUGUUCUAUGACUCUUUCGGGCUGUAUUUGAUGGGCUGGUUCAUCUUCACCUUCUUACUCGUGACCUGCACAGUGAAGUCAACGGUCAUAUUCUUCUCCUUGUUUGCCGCUGUCGACAUUGCCGUGCUCCUGUUGGCGGUCGGCUACCUUCAUCGCCCCGGCGGCGCACCCUACACGCCUCUGCUCAAGGCGGGGGGGCUGUUUGCCCUCCUGGGGGCCUUCUUGGCGUGGUAUAUCUGUCUGGCGGGCAUUGCCGACACGAGCAAUAGCUUUUUCGUCAUCCCCGUCUGGCACUUCCCUUGGUCGGAGAAGGGGAGGGAAUCGAGGAGAAGAAAGCCUGAAACUGUCUGA